AUGAGCACCAUCCAAAACAUCAAGAACUUUAUCCGGCAUGGGAAACAAGCUCGCCUCGUGACCCCUCAUUCCGAACCAACCACCGACGUAUCCACCAUCCACGCCGAACAGCAACCACACCCCCAGGGUCAAUUCGCCCCUGCACUUGGCUCCUUCGACCCCGAAUUACGAGGAAAUGGUCCUGCCGCGGUGCAGCAUAAAUCAGAAGCUGAAGUGCGCCGUGAUCGCUCAAUGGACAUUGAAAGAUUGGUACAAGAGGAGAACAUGAGCCGAUCCAAGAUGCCUAAAUAUCCAGGGCUGGAUCGAUGGAUCUUGAUCGAGAAGAUGGGCGAUGGCGCUUUCAGCAAUGUCUAUCGAGCCAAGGAUUCCACAACAGAAUUUGGAGAAGUCGCAAUUAAGGUCGUGCGGAAAUUUGAAAUGAACAGCAAUCAGUCCGAUCCUCUUCAUCCAAGCGUCAAAAAGGUCCCCAAGGCUGCAGAGCGCGCAAACAUUCUCAAGGAAGUUCAAAUCAUGCGAAACCUCGAUCACCCGAAUAUCGUCAAAUUGAUUGAUUUCUCUGAAUCCCGCCAAUACUACUAUAUCAUCCUGGAGCUCUGCCCUGGUGGCGAACUCUUUCACCAGAUCGUGCGAUUGACCUAUUUUAGCGAAAAUCUGAGCCGUCAUGUUAUUUUACAAGUUGCAAAGGCUAUCGAAUACCUCCAUGAGACAUCUGGUGUCGUGCAUCGCGAUAUCAAACCAGAGAACCUAUUGUUCUACCCCACCCCAUUUGUCCCUAGCAAAAACCCGAAAUCUCAACAGCCAGGCGACGAGGAAAAGGAAGACGAGGGAGAGUUUACGCCCGGGCAUGGCUCCGGUGGCAUCGGCCUAAUCAAGAUCGCCGACUUUGGUCUAUCAAAAGUCAUUUGGGACAGCCAAACCAUGACUCCCUGCGGAACUGUUGGAUAUACUGCGCCGGAGAUCGUCAAGGACGAGCGAUAUUCGAAGAGUGUGGAUAUGUGGGCCAUGGGCUGUGUGCUCUACACCCUUCUAUGCGGUUUCCCCCCUUUCUACGAUGAGAGUAUCCAGGUUCUCACAGAAAAAGUGGCGAGAGGUCAAUAUACAUUCCUGUCGCCGUGGUGGGAUGAUAUUUCAAAAUCCGCUCAAGACUUAAUUUCGCAUUUGUUGACUGUCGAUCCCGAGAAACGAUACACAAUCACCGAGUUCCUCGCUCAUCCUUGGAUCCGCGGAACGGAUGAAGAGACCUCUGCUGCCGCCGAUGCUCCUCCUCUGGCAACUCCAAUGGGUCCAGUCCGCCAAAGCGGAGACCAUCUCGACCCGAUGGGCGCCGACCAAGCUCCAUACCAACCUGCCAGUUCCCGACUUCUGGAUAUUCCCUCCGCCACCGGCUCAGAUCGUCGCAUGGAUUUCCGCUCACCAGCUGCAUUCAACUUACGUGAGGUCUUUGAUGUUGGUUAUGCUGUUCACCGACAAGAGGAGGAAGGCAAACGUCGCCGGCAUCAACGACAGGCAGCCCGCAGUAACCCUACCGCUGGUUUUCAGACCGCUCUUGGUUCUCUUAAUGAAGAUUAUGAUGACGACCUCGACUAUAAAGAGGCCACCGAUGCUACCGGACAACCACCGGCCAAGGUUGUUAAAGCUACUGGUCAGCCGGGGGAAAUGGCUGGCAUGGAAGCCAAACUCCGAUCCACAAAUCUUGGUACACAAAGUAGUGCCGCCCAGGCCCGGCAAGCCCAUCGACAACCUCGUCAACAGCAAGGCUACGGUCAACACGACGCUAAAGUUGCAGCUGCAGCUAAGAGCUCUAUCGGACGUAGAGCUCAGCAACCAUUCGAGCUCACUUUGGACGGUGCCACACUGUUGGAAAAACGCACCCGACGGAAUCAAGGACAACCAGUCGCCUAA